UUCUUUUAAAUGUUUCAAAUAUUUGUUUGUUGGCUUCUUAUUCUGGCAUGUUUAGGCUUGUAGCCCUAACCACAGAAAAAAUAAUUUAAUUCUCAUUUAAAAAUUUGUGUCUAAGUACUACUUUGCAAAACAAUGAAAUGUUUAAUUGUAACCAUCACAGCCCGUCUGACUGUGAGUCCCAGCAGCUCUCAGUUCUUUAAAGGAGACUUUGUGUCUCUGAGCUGUGAGGAGGACGACAGCUCUGCUGGAUGGACUCUGAGGAGAAACACAAGCAAACAACAGAGGACUCAGUGUGGAGAUGGGUGGGGUAAACCAGCUGGUUCUUCCUGUAAGAUCAGUAACACAUAUCAAAUGGACAGUGGAGUUUACUGGUGUGAGUCCAGAGAGGGUCCCAUCAGUAACAUGGUUAACCUGACAGUCACUGGUGGAUCAGUGAUCCUGCAGAGUCCUGUCCUCCCUGUGAUGGAGGGAGAUGACGUCACUCUGCUCUGUAAAACAAAGACCACUCCCUCCAACAACACAGUCAUUUUCUUCAAAGAUGGCGUCUUCACCGGGAAAGAGCCUACAGGUCACAUGACCAUCCAGCAUGUUUCCAGGUCUGAUGAAGGCCUCUACAAGUGUGACAUCAGCGGUCAUGGAGAGUCUCCAUCCAGCUGGAUCACUGUCACAGACAAACAUAUCAACAGAUCUCCACCUACAUCCACACCUCCACCUGCCUCUUCUGCUGGUUCCUCUCCACUUCUCCCCAUAUUGCUGACAGCUGGAACAGUCUGUGUUGUGUUAGUAGUGAUGUUACUGGUUGUUUUGGUGGAACGACAUGUUGAAAGGAAACUCAAUGAGAGUGAUGCAGCUGCAGUCGACUCAGCAGUGAGAACAGAAGAUGUCACUUAUGGAGAAAUCGACAUCAAAGAGAAGCAAGAAGAGGCAAAAAUGUACAGCUGCUGUUCUUUGUCUCCACCAUGGUUCAAGAUGACUUUUAAUAGGGGUGUGUGAGCAGACUUCUAUAUUUUAUUGAGAUUGAGAUUUUUUUUAUAUCUUAUGGUUAAACUGUGUUAAAAAAAGAAAAAAGAAAAACAACUGUAUCUGCAGAUGUUAUGUGAUCUGAAACUUUUCAUAUAUUAUCCAUCUAACCAUCCAUUUUUAUUCCAUUUGUGCAAUUCAGGGUCAUGUGGGUGGCCCGAGGCCUAAAACAGAGAGACAGAAAACCAUUCGCACUCACAUUCACACCCUCCUUUUACAAUCAUCAUUUAACCCUCUAACUGUAUGUCUUUGGAUUGGGGGAGGAAGCCAGACUACCUGAAGGGAACUCCAAAAUAUGGCAGUGGGCUCUGGCUAUACACAAUACACAAAACCCCCACCCCACCAAAUAACAGUUAAAUGUUUAUAGGAACUUAUAUUUCACAGCAGUUUCUCUAACUUUUGAAGGAGUCAGCUAAAUGGAGCUGGAGUGGUCAACUUUUCUUGGGCCUUCCCCUCAUCCUAGUCUUUAGUCUUGCAAUAAAUGCAAUAAUGUGAGCUCACUUGCUGGAACGUGUUAGGAGCCUGUCUGCAGCAUUUUGGGUUGCUUGGAGGUGUAAAAGCCAGUAAACAGUUCAGUAAUCUUUGAACGAUGACACAAAUGCAUGCACAAGUUUCUCUAGUUCAGAGGAGGAGACUACAAUUCUCGGUUAAGAAAUAUUCCUUAAAUGAAGAAAACUGUUUAAUCAGUUUAUGCUACCAUAAUAAAUGCUCACUUACAGGAGUCAUGUACAUGCACAACUGUCCUUCACUGUCUU